AGUGCCUUUAAUUCCGUUGCUCCCUCGGGUCAGUCUCCACUCUCUCUCUCUCUCUUCGCAUAGAACGAUUUCUCACUUCCCAACAGAAUGCGCAAGUACAGCAUAGCGUCGUGUAUUGUCUUGCUUUAUCUACUGUGCAUCACGCAUGGGAUUUACUUUAAUACAAGAGAGUAUAGAAAACAAACGUCCAAUGAAUUUGACGUCCUGAUAUUUACUCAGCAAUGGCCGUUGACAGCUUGUUUCGUAUGGAAAAAUAAAUCCGACACACGCAGUUGCUCGUUACCCAGGCACGACGAGUGGACCAUCCAUGGAAUUUGGCCCACGAAAUAUAACACAUUAGGCCCACAGUUUUGUAACAAGUCGUUAGUAUUUAAUCCAAGCGCUAUAGCGCCUAUAGAAAGUGAAUUAAAAGAAAAUUGGCUCGAUAUCCAUAAAGGGUCUAAACCUUAUUCGUUUUGGAAACACGAAUGGGAUAAACACGGCACUUGUGCAGUCACGGUAAAAGCUUUAAAUAACGAAUUUAAUUAUUUCGAAGCGGGAUUAAAAUUAUUCGACAAGUACAAUAUGAUGGACGUACUUGCGAAAGCAAAUAUCUUGCCGGGUAACAAAUAUAUGGUACAAGAUAUGUUGAAAGGAAUUCAAAAGAUAUUGAAUACAAGAGGACAAAUAAUGUGUGUGACUGACGACAAAACGCAUGAGUCAUAUGUGAUCGAGAUGAGGCUUUGUUUUGACAAAACAUUACAAUUGGUAAACUGCGAUGGUAUAUAUCAUUUCCCUACGAACUGUAGAUCCAAAGAGCUAAUCUAUCCUAGUCAUGUACCACAUUAUUAUGUGACGCAGACAUAACGGGCAUUACUGGCUACAUCAUUCCACCUUCUUUUGAACGAUCACGACUGCUGAGGGUACUAGGCCUGUAAAUAAAACAAGAAUAUACUUUGUGCAGUUUCCAGGAAAAAUGCUUAUAUAUAUGAUAAAUACGCACAUCGUAAUUACAACCGAUACAAUUACUGAUACAGUUACAACUUGAUGUUAUCACAUUACGGUUGAUAAAAUUGCAUAAUUAAUUAAGGGGGGUUACAUCCCUUAAAACUAGGUCAAAAUUAACAAAUUUUUAUUGUGGGUAAAAUUAUGUUUUAUUAACACUGCGCGGACACCGUGGGUCUUUUGAGGCGAUUUUCACAGUCAAUUUUUCAUUUAUGAUUCCUACAGGAAUGACUUCAAGGCACGUAUUAUGGAACUUUUCGAAAUAGAUGCCGAUCGGAAUUAUUCCGUUUUCCCUAGAAAACACAAUAGAAAUCUAGGAAAUAACUAAACAAUUCGGAAUCCAUUCCGAAAAGUUUGGUAUUUUGUAUGGUAUUUUGGAAUACCAUAUAAGAAUUUUCAACGUGUCAUUUCUCGCUUCUGAUGUUACAAUUCCAACAUGGUCGCGGCGAGUAUCCAAAAGCCUUAAAUAUCAGUACCAGAAAUAUCUCAGAAAUUAGUGAUUUAUAUAAAGAUUUUUUCGAUUAAGAGCCUCAGCACUCUCGUAUGAUAACGUAGCGCAACGUAACGUGGGUCAACGCAGGAGAAACGUACGGUUAAAAUGUUAUAUGUAUAUGUUUCUUAUGCGUAGACCUACGUUACGUUACGUUACGUUACCAUAUGAUAGCCUUGUGCGAAGGCUCUUAUUCCUUAGUUUUUUUUAUAAAUAAAAGAAAACCGAUUAUUAGAAUCACAUUUUUUGCUACAAAUUGUUGCCAUUUUUCAAAAAAUAAACAUUUUCAAAAUCGGCUAUGACAAAAACUAGUUUUAUUCAUCUAGUUUAACGGAAAAUUUUUGUUUUUUGUUUCACAUGAAAGGGAACGGAGGUAUCUCUAGUACCGCAAACGCCAUUUUUACAAAUACCAUUCGAAAAAAUAGUUUCCAGGACUCAAUUUUGUUUUUUAAUUGAAAUUUUCGGGAGAUAUUCUUUAAAGACAACUCUACAAAACAUGUAUUUUUAUUUUUUAAUAAAACAUAAUUUUACUCACAAUAAAAA